GAGCCCGGCCGCGGCAUGGGCUGCGCCCCCAGCAUCCACGUCUCGCAGAGCGGCGUGAUCUACUGCCGCGACUCGGACGGGUCCGCCUCGCCCCGCCAGAGCAGCGGCGUGUCGCAGGGCCCCGCCGGCCCCUUGCACGGCCUCUUCGUCCCCACCGACGCCCCCGACGCCGCCGCGCCGGGGACCCCGGGCGCCGCCCGCUGCCGCAGGGCCCGCGGAGAGCCGGGCAGCGGCAGCGGCGGCAGCAGCAGCUCGGGCUCCGUGACCACCUGCCGGGGCCGGAGGCGUCACUGCUGCAGCAGCGCCGAGGCCGAGACCCAGACGAGCUACACCAGCGUCAAGCAGGUUUCUUCUUCGGAGGUGCGCAUCGGGCCCAUGAGACUGACGCAGGAUCCUAUUCAGGUUUUGCUGAUCUUUGCAAAGGAAGAUAGUCAGAGUGACGGAUUCUGGUGGGCCUGUGACAGAGCCGGUUAUAGAUGCAAUAUUGCUCGGACUCCAGAGUCAGCCCUAGAGUGCUUUCUAGAUAAAAACCAUGAAAUUAUUGUCAUCGAUCACAGACAAACUCGCAACUUCGAUGCGGAAGCAGUGUGCAGGUCGAUCCGGGCCACGAAUCCCUCUGAGCACACGGUGAUCCUAGCAGUGGUUUCACAAGCAUCUGGUGACCAUGAAGAGACCUCCGUCCUUCCUCUGCUGCAUGCAGGCUUCAAUAGGAGAUUUAUGGAGAAUAGCAGCAUAAUUGCUUGCUAUAAUGAACUGAUUCAAAUAGAACAUGGAGAAGUUCGCUCACAGUUCAAAUUACGGGCCUGCAAUUCAGUGUUUACAGCAUUAGACCAUUGCCACGAAGCCAUAGAAAUAACAAGCGAUGACCACGUGAUUCAGUAUGUCAACCCGGCCUUUGAGAGAAUGAUGGGCUAUCACAAAGGUGAGCUCCUGGGGAAAGAACUGGCUGAGUUGCCCAAGAGCGAUAAGAAUCGGGCAGACCUCCUAGACACCAUCAACACUUGCAUCAAGAAAGGCAAGGAGUGGCAGGGGGUUUACUAUGCCAGACGGAAAUCCGGGGACAGCAUCCAGCAGCACGUGAAGAUCACCCCAGUGAUUGGCCAAGGAGGGAAAAUUAGGCAUUUUGUCUCCCUCAAGAAACUCUGUUGUACCACUGACAGUAAUAAGCAGAUCCACAAGGUCCAUCGGGACUCAGGAGACAACUCCCAGACAGAAUCUCAUUCAUUCAGACACAAGAACAGGAGGAAGGAGUCCAUUGAUGUGAAGUCUAUAUCUUCUCGAGGGAGUGACGCACCCAGCCUACAGAAUCGGCGCUACCCUUCCAUGGCUAGGAUCCACUCCAUGACCAUCGAAGCACCCAUUACAAAGGUUAUAAAUAUAAUUAAUGCAGCCCAAGAAAAUAGCCCUGUCACUGUAGCAGAGGCUCUGGACAGAGUUUUAGAAAUUUUACGGACCACAGAACUGUAUUCCCCUCAGUUGGGUACCAAAGAUGAAGACCCUCACACCAGUGACUUGGUUGGAGGCCUGAUGACGGAUGGCUUGAGGAGGCUGUCAGGGAAUGAAUAUGUGUUCACUAAGAAUGUGCACCAGAGCCACAGUCACCUAGCAAUGCCACUAACCAUCAAUGAUGUACCCCCGAGUAUUGCCCAGUUACUUGACAAUGAGGAAAGCUGGGAGUUCAACAUCUUCGAGUUGGAAGCUGUUACACACAAAAGACCAUUAGUUUACUUGGGCUUAAAGGUCUUUUCCCGGUUUGGAGUGUGUGAAUUUUUACACUGUACUGAAACUACUCUUCGGGCCUGGCUCCAAGUGAUUGAAGCCAACUAUCAUUCUUCCAAUGCAUACCAUAAUUCUACCCACGCUGCCGAUGUCCUGCAUGCUACAGCCUUCUUCUUGGGAAAGGAACGAGUGAAGGGAAGCCUUGAUCAGUUGGAUGAGGUGGCAGCUCUAAUCGCAGCCACUGUGCAUGAUGUGGACCAUCCAGGACGAACAAACUCAUUCCUGUGCAAUGCGGGGAGCGAGCUGGCCGUGCUCUACAAUGACACUGCUGUGCUGGAGAGCCACCACACCGCGCUGGCCUUCCAGCUCACUGUGAAGGAUGCCAAGUGCAACAUUUUCAAAAACAUGGACAGGAACCAUUAUCGAACAUUACGACAAGCUAUAAUUGACAUGGUGUUAGCUACGGAGAUGACAAAACACUUUGAACAUGUGAACAAAUUUGUGAACAGCAUCAACAAGCCACUGGCAGCUGAGAUCGAGGGCAGCGACUGUGAAUGCAACCUCGUUGGAAAGAACUUUCCUGAAAACCAAAUGCUGAUCAAGCGCAUGAUGAUUAAAUGUGCUGAUGUGGCCAACCCUUGCCGCCCAUUGGACCUGUGCAUCGAAUGGGCUGGGAGGAUCUCCGAGGAGUAUUUUGCUCAGACCGAUGAAGAGAAGAGGCAGGGGCUUCCUGUGGUGAUGCCAGUGUUUGACCGGAACACCUGUAGUAUCCCCAAGUCCCAGAUCUCCUUCAUCGACUACUUCAUAACUGAUAUGUUUGAUGCCUGGGAUGCCUUUGCACAUCUUCCUGCUCUCAUGCAACAUUUGGCUGAUAACUACAAACACUGGAAGACAUUGGAUGACCUAAAGUGCAAGAGUCUGAGGCUUCCAUCUGAUAACUAAAGCCAAGGCAGAAAAGGGGACCUCUUGAUCUACAAAGGGCACUGUGAAUCACAGUAGUAAAAACAAGAGGCUGUCCUUCAGAAUGAAAAUGAUAAGUAUAGAUUAGGAAGAUGGUGUCUAAUAUUUGAUCUUGAUUCAUUCAAGUCCCCAAAUUUUAUUCUUAGAAAGUAAUGUUCCAUGAAAAAAAAAUCAGAUCAUUUUGAACACUCAGUGACAGAAAAAAACAACAGCACAGAAAACUGUGCUCUGCUAUUAUUCUUAUGCUCUCCUCCAUAUUAGAAGCGGAUUGACUAUAGCAGGUUACAAGUUGCAAAGACUCGGUGCCUCUGAGCAUCUCUAGAUGAUAACCACAUAGCUUAUGUAUUGUAUAGCUCAUCUCUUACUAUAAAAGUCACCUCACUAUGUAGCUUGACUAAUUUCCAUAAGUAAUCAGUCUGAAGGAUUCAUAAGAAUAGCAAAGAUGAUAAAAACCAUGAAAUGAACAGAACUAGGACCAAAUUAUGACAAACUAGUUAGCGGCAGUGCCUCUUUGGUUGAUUGUGUGACACCUAAGUUAAAACACAAUCUUGACCUGGUGAGUGUCCUGUCUGUACUGGAGUAUGCAACCUAUGUAGAUGGGACUCUUUCCUCCAGAAAGCCAUCUUUGAUGGGGAAGGAAGUGAUAUUUUGUUUGGGGAAAAAUCCAUGAGAUCCUUUUAUUUCAGGUUUAGAGGCCAUCAAGAGUCACUUAUAUUAAAGCCAUUCAAUCUGAAUGCCCUUGGAAAAGAUGUUUUCUAAAAAAUUUAUAUACACUUGCAGUUUAAAAUUUUUAUUAACACAAUCUAAAUUUUUCUGGGUAUAUGUCCAUGAAGUAUGCUGUGCCAUAUAUCAUCUGUAUGUAUUAUUUGGGGAGGGGGAGAGGGAAGGUUCAGAUGUUUUUACCUAUACAUAUUUGAGAUCAUGCCAAUUCCUUUGAUGAUGUAAAAAAAACUUAGGAGAUUGUAAAUAUAUCAGAAAACAGGUAUAUGGAAGAGCAGUAAAUACUAUUUUAAGCUAUUAAUUGUAUGCUAAAAGCUUCUAAAGCACAAGUGCAUAUUUUUAUACAGCUAUUUUCACUACUUUCUGUGAUCUACAUAAAGUCAAAUUUGAGAUUUUACUUUCUCUUGGACCAGCCAGCUCUUCUCCAUUUAUUAUAAAUAUUAGAAAUUCAGUAAAAAAAAUAUCUUUGGAGUUUUUUUUAACUCUCUGUAUACCAUGUUUGCAUUUUAAGGAAGCAUUUUAAUUGACUCAUUUCUUUGUUCAUAAAAUAUUGGAAUGCAGAACACUAGGUCUAUAAUAUAUGGAACGAAAAAAUGACUAUCACUACAUAAUGUGCCAAUGUUUUUUUUUCUAUGUUUUGUAUCCAAAAAAGAGGAAACAUGAUAAUUCCAUGCAAAAAAUGUAUUUAAAUUAUUUUUGUUAGAUAAUGAAAAUUUGCUUGGUCAAGCAGCAGUGAGCUUUGUAUUGUAAUGUUGCAUUAUAUAAAUGUGAUGAAAAUGUUUUUCUGAUGUACCGGUAACUAAAUUCUUACCGCCAUUUUUCAUUCCCAACAGCUGUUUUUAUUUUACCUCUUUGGCCUAAAUUUUUCAUAAUUUCCAAUUUUAGGUUUAGUGUCCUUUAUUUCAUGAGUUACACUUUUUUCAGAACACAUUAAAAUCAGUAUGUCAGAAUUCCAUCUUAAGGACCUAAAUAAUUUUCCUAGGUUUUAGAAGUUUGUGUGGAGCAAGAACAGUCUUUUACUAUGUCACUUUCAGUUUCAUUUGGUAAGUAAAGUUCAUUAUAUGUA